AGUUAUAAAGCGAACAGGUUGUUUAUUUUAGGUUAAAAUUUAGAUAAAAUUAACUUUUUACAAAGUCCUACUUUUCUUUGGUAGCUAAGUCCACAUAGGCUGCCGGUACUGUACUAAGAAAGAUCAAGUUUUAUACCUUUUGACGAUAUUUCUGUCAGUGUCAUAGUGUUAUAACAUUGGUAACCACUUCGGUCUAUUUUUAAAGCCUAGUCUACUUAAACAUGGCUGGACCAUCAUCCAGUAAUCAAGUUGCUAUUGCUCAGAAAACAUGGGAAAUGGCAAACAACAUUGAGACAAUCAGCUCCAUCGAUGAAAUAUAUCGAUAUGACAAAAAGCAGCAACAGGAUAUUUUGACGGCUAAGCCAUGGGAAAAAGAUCCCCAUUUCUUCAAAGACAUCAAGAUAUCCGCCUUGGCUCUCCUCAAGAUGGUGAUGCACGCAAGAUCUGGAGGAACUUUGGAGGUGAUGGGACUACUUCUAGGCAAAGUUGACGCUAACACAAUGUUAGUCAUGGACAGCUUUGCACUCCCUGUCGAAGGAACUGAAACAAGAGUGAACGCUCAGGCUCAGGCGUACGAGUACAUGACAGCGUACAUAGAGGCAGCUAAACAGGUUGGGAGACAAGAAAAUGCUAUCGGCUGGUACCACAGUCACCCCGGAUAUGGCUGUUGGUUGUCAGGGAUAGACGUCUCCACCCAAAUGCUCAACCAGAACUUCCAGGAACCCUUCGUGGCCAUCGUCAUUGACCCUGUCAGAACCAUCUCUGCUGGCAAAGUGUGUCUCGGAGCUUUCCGCACUUAUCCGAAGGGAUACAAGCCAGCCAAUGAGGAGCCUUCCGAGUACCAGACGAUUCCUCUCAAUAAGAUAGAGGACUUUGGAGUUCACUGUAAACAGUACUACAGUCUAGAGGUUUCAUACUUCAAAUCCUCCUUGGAUCGAAGGUUGUUGGAUUCUCUGUGGAACAAGUACUGGGUGAACACACUGAGCAGCUCCUCUCUGCUGACCAACGCUGACUACACGACAGGCCAGAUAUUUGACCUCAGUGAUAAACUGGAGCAGUCCGAGGCGGCGCUGGGCCGGGGAGGUCUGAUCGGAGGGCUGGGUGGUGGUACCGAGGUGGACAAACGGACGGAGGACAAACUACUUAAGGCUACCAAGGACAGCUGCAAGACAACCAUCGAGAUCAUUCACGGCCUCAUGGCUCAGAUGAUCAAAGAUCGGCUCUUUAACCAAAUCAAAGCCAACAAGAUUGAUGUGUAAAUAAUCUUACGAUGUGCUGUGUUCUUCUUAUGUAUUUAACAAUAAUGUAAUUAUCUCGCUUAUCAGUAAACCUCGAAAUUAACUUA